AUGCACGCUUCCCUAGUCACUCUCGCCAUCCUUUGUGUCUCGACUUCAAUCAGCCUUGCUGCCCCGCUUUCCCACUUCAAGAAAAGGCACCCUUAUGGCGGCUCUGGCUAUGCUGGCAUUCCUCCACUCGUGGCCAACAUCAAUGAAAGACUCACUCAGCGUUCUGACUUCUACUUCGAUCCCAGCAUGAUCCAGAAUCACAUUCCGCUGAACCCUGACGGGUCGAUUUUCACCGGCAACAACGACCAAAGGCGUUCUAACUUUUAUUUCGACCCCAGCCUUAUUCAGAAUCACGUUCCGCUGAACUCCGACGGGACCAUCCGCACUGGUGUCAACAACAACAGGCGUUCUGACUUUUACUUCGACCCCAGCAUGAUCCAGAAUCACAUUCCCCUGAAUCCUGACGGAACGAUCUUCACCGGCAACAACAACCAAAGACGUUCUGACUUUUACUUCGAUCCCAGCAUGAUUCAGAAUCACAUUCCUCUGAACCCUGACGGGUCGAUCUUCACCGGCAACAACAACGAAAGGCGCGCUAACUUCGACUAUACCCCCUACAGGGUCCAGAAUCUCGUCCCGCUGAACCCUGACGGAACGAUCUUUACCGGAAAUGGCAACCAAAGGCGCGACAGCUUCGACUACUCUCCCUACAUGGUACAGAACCUGGUGCCGCUCAACCCUGACGGGACGAUCUUCACCGGCAACUUCGACUAG